AUGGCGGGACAACGUGAUGAGUCUGGACACUUCUGGGAUUUGUUGACACAGCUGGGCCAGUGCCAUCAAGCUGAGAUCGAUUCGCUGAAAUCCACAUGCAUCUCCUCACAUGGCCUGCCUGACGAUUUUACAACUGACAAGGCAAGUCUGAUGGAAUCUCACCACGAGUCUAUCGAGUUAGCCCUUACUUGUAUGGGACAGAAUGAAGUCCACGUGCCGGCAGUCAGAAGCUCCAGUGAGGGCAAUCGUGGCUUGACGCGCUCACUGAGCGAAGCCUCCAUAGUGUCAGUUUGCGAGCGCAGCGGUGCGCCAUGUACAUCGAGACCAAGUAUGAGGGUCAGCCACACCCUGACCGGAAGAAGUCAGGCGAGCAAUUGGAGCAACGCCAGCCGUAGUGCCAACCUGUCGGACUUCUUCUGCCUUCAGCACAAGGAGGAGGACCAUGCGCGGGCCGUGGGCCAUCAGAUGCAACAGCAGCUGGCAGGCGGCAACUCCUCACACUCAGACAAGGACUCGGACCGUGAGGAGAAGCUUGUCUUCCAGCCGUGGCAGGUAUGGUCGGCUCCCGAGCUGCCCAAAAGAGGACGCCGCCGACCAACGAACCGUUCAAGGGUGUUGUCACCUAUGGGACGAACGAGGUUCUUGUGGGACCUGCUGUGCCUGGGCGUCGUGUGCCUGGAGCUCCUUCUCCUCCCUCCGCUGAGGGUGUUUGAUGGCGCAGUACCGUUCGCCAACGUCGCGCGGAACGUGUUGUGGGCAGCGCAAGUCGUUUGGAACUUCCACAUUCUUGUGUGCCUCAAUACGGGGUAUUACUUCCGUGGCCACUUGGUGUGUACCCAGCCAGGACUUGCAGCAGGCUACUUGAAGACAUGGUUCGCCUUUGACGCUGCGAACAUCAUUGUAGACUGGCUGCUUGCAGCCAUGGAUGUGUCCCACAACCUUGCUAGCCGGGUGGCCCUGAAGGAGGUGAAUGCUGCAGUGCGCGGCCUUUGGACAAUGCAAAUAGCCCUGCGACUUUCCCGCCUGGUAUCCCUCCGCGGCAAGCUGCAAUCGUUCAAUAGGCACUUAUCCGACAAAGCUGGAGCGAGUUCCAUCAUAGCCCUGACAGUGGGCCAAAUCUGUCUGAUGCACCACGUCUUGGCAUGCUUAUGGUAUGGUAUUGGGAUCCUCGGGAUGGAUGGCAGCUGGGUACAGGCAAAUGGCCUGGAUGGAGCCAGCGUGGCAUAUAGAUACGCAACAGCACUGCAUUGGACCUUCUGCCAGAUAGGCUUGGGAUCUUCAGAAAUAGAGGCGGUGAACACGCAGGAGCGUCUGUUCUCCUUGUUCGUCGUGUUUGCAGCUGUCUUGGUGCUCUCUACACUGCUGGUUUCAGUCACCAGCAUGGCCACCAACCUGAACAAGGCAAAUGAGAGGAAGCAGGAUCUCUUCCAGCAGCUGUGGAAGUACAUGGAGCAACACCAGGUUGGAGAAGAUCUGAAGAUGCGAGUGUCGGCCUAUCUUGAAUACGCCUAUACGCUGCGCCAGUCGGUGAUGGUGGAGACGGAAGUGCCCAUCUUGGACCUACUUUCCAAGCAGCUGCACGCGGAGCUGCAAAGCUUCAGAUACCGGAGAUGCCUCCGUAAGCUGGACGUCAUGAAGCAACUCCGCGCCGUGGACCAGCAUUCCUUGCAGGUCAUCCGAAAUCUCCCGAGCCAGCUCUCCCACAGGACCUUUGCCCCAGCAGAUACGGUCUUCGAAUGCGGCUUGCUGGCCAAAGCGGCCUACUUCGUAGCAGAGGGCGAGUUCGUCUACGAGCUGAACGGGACAAAGACCUCCGUCGCCAACGGCCGGUGGGUCGCCGAGAUGUGUCUCUGGACUCCUUGGCUUCACCUGGGAGACCUGACCACGAGGGACGUCGCCGCUGUGGUGAUCUUGGAUGUGAGCCGUUUCGCCGACACCCUCCGCCGCUCGAGCGAGAGCUUUCUCAAGGCGCAGGAGUACGCCCGGGACUGGGUGGAGCGGAUGAACGGCGAGCAGUCGAUCACCGACCUUUGGAGCUGUGAGGUGGCUCCCGAAGUCGCACCGCUGCGUUCCUCCUCGGACCACCCGCAGAGCCUCGGCUGGCUGGAGGCCACCAGACACGUCCUCUUUUGCAACAUGGCGCCAAAGAAACGUUUCAGCCAGGUGGUGCCAGGAGGCUGA